AUGGCUGAUUAUCCGUCUUUUCUUUUGGCUGGAUACCUCUUCCUCUUCUCCUUCCCACUCGUCUCCAUGGAUCCGGACAUUGAAACUCUCCAACAGCUCUAUCGGUCGCCAAAAGAAGACGAGAAAUGGGGUAGAGAGGCCGUUAAAGUUACCUACAGAAUGCUUCGCGAUUUCAACAAAAGAAACUACUCCAAAUGGGAAAAAUUCGACGUCAACUUUUUCUUCGAAGACUGUCAGAAAACGUACGAUAAGACGGCGUUCUAUGCAAAGCUUCUCACCUUCCGAGAAACACUCCCAUCUGGCACGAAAAUCACUGUAAGGAAAAAUAUAAUUUUAAAAAACCGUAUUCUUUUCAGUUCGCCCUGAUCAGAGCCACAACGGCAGAACCGAACAUCAUGGGACUCAAUUUUGAAAUGCACUUUGAAAUUCUGGGACAACAUCAUGACAUGCUCCUCACUCUCCAGAAGUUCGGUAACGACUGGAUGUGGGUGCACACAUGGAAAAACAACUGCGUCAAAGAAGUCCACAAAGUGUUCGACGAAUUCCUCGAAUACACGCUUGACUGA